AUCGCGGCGCAGUUCUCGACGGAAUCUCCAGGCGGAAGGAGCCUAUUUGGCCAAACGGGCAGCACGUUGAUACCGAGCGGAGAAAUAUUACUUGUUGCUCCUUCGGCUCAAUUAAACAAACACGCCGCUUAACGCUUCCAAAGGAAUCGAUUCAACGUGCACAAAUCUGUGAUACCCGCAUUAUUCGAAAUGGCCGGUUUAAUCCAACGACACGGUUCGGUCCUAGUGCGACGAUUUCUCGCCAGUGGAAAGAGGAUUACCCGCAACUCGCUGGCCACCGCACGUUUCCACACCAGCACCCAGCUAGACAAGAGAGUCUCCUUCAACCUAUCCGACAUCGGUGAAGGCAUCCGCGAGGUAACGGUCAAAGAAUGGUUCGUCAGCGAGGGCGACACCGUGGAACAGUUCGACAAUCUGUGCGAAGUUCAGAGUGAUAAGGCCUCGGUAACCAUCACCAGCCGGUACGAGGGAAAGAUCGUGAAGCUACACAAGCAGGUGGACCAGAUUGCGAUGGUUGGCAGCCCGCUGUUGGAUUUCGAUGUCGACGAUGAGGAGCAGGUCAGUGAUGACAACAGUAAUAGCAGUUCGGAUACGGAUGAGGAUGUGCCGGCGCAGGCAGUGGCAGUCGCUGCUGGUGGCGGACAUGGAGUGAAGGUUGCUUUAACCCCUUGUGGAAAAGUUCUUGCUACACCCGCCGUUCGAAGGAUAGCCAUGGAACAUAAGGUCGAUUUACAUCGGGUGAAACCUACUGGUCGCAGCGGGCGUGUUCUUAAAGGGGAUGUCCUCGAAUAUCUGAAUAUGAUCCCGGAAGGAACCGUCAAACCUCAUCCCACUUUGCUACGCACACAACCGACGGCCAGUCCAGAAGUCACCGAUUUGCGUCAGCUUGAAACUAUAGUGCCAAUAAAGGGCGUUGCCAAGAUCAUGGUCAAAUCCAUGACCGAAUGUCUGAAAAUACCUCAUUUCGCUUACAGCGACGAGCUUGACGUUUCCAAAUUAGUCAGCCUUCGAGAGGACCUAAAAGCCGAAGCUCAAGCCCAGGGAAUCAAACUGACAUACAUGCCGUUCUUCGUCAAAGCCGCCUCCAAUGCCCUCAAGCAAUUUCCCAUCCUGAACAGCACCUUCGACGAAGCCAACGAGCGUCUGAUCUACAAGUCGUAUCACAACAUCAGCAUCGCAAUGCAUACCCCCCAGGGGCUGGUAGUUCCAAAUGUAAAAAAUGUCGAACGCAAAUCCAUCCUCGAAAUCGCAACCGACAUCAAUUCCCUGCAGGAACGGGGCUCGAAAGGAUCACUCACGCCAAACGAUUUCGCCAACGGAACUCUCUCCCUCUCCAACAUUGGGAUGGUCGGUGGCACCUAUACACAUCCUUGCAUCCUGGCGCCACAGGUCGCCAUCGGAGCGAUCGGACAAACUCGACUGUUACCGCGAUUUAACGCUUCCGGACAGGUAAUCGCCGCACACAUCAUGGUCGUCAGCUGGUCGGCAGAUCAUCGAGUCAUCGAUGGCGUUACUAUGGCGAGCUUCUCGAAUGCGUGGAAGAAACUGCUGGAGAAACCGCAGCUCUUUUUGCUGGAUGCGAAGUAGGCGCUGAUUGCUACGCUGUGCGAACGGGAUUAGCCGAGGAGAAACUGGAAACGAUUGCAUUUAAAAAAAUGAUUCCUCAAAAGCGUUUUCGACAGGGAGAUGAAACCAAUAUUGCAUUUAUGAAGCACUUUUCUGUGAGAGAUUGAAACUUGUUUAGUUUAGGAUUUUGUCAGCUGUAGCCAUAUGGAGAUAUGCCGGUCUGUAUAUAAUAGGAAAUAAAUUGACUUGAAAGACA